AUGGCUUGUCGAAAUCGUCGUCCAGACACAGCUGCACAUCGGUGCUAUGAACGCGAGUGCGUGCUGUCGUUGGCCAUGGCGGCGGCUGCCGUGCUGCCACCUGGCAGAGCGGCGCGGGCCGUGGUUUCGGCGAUGGAGACGUAUCACGACGCGCGCAUCCAGUUUGUCGGAAAAGUCAGCGAUCUCGCCUUCUCUCCGCAGAACGCGGAAGCGUUCUUUUCGCUCGGCGCCAUGCAGCUGCUGCUGCCGCUCAUGCAUGACGUCAUGUCGUCCGUGCGAUCCGCCGCGAUUCUCUCGCUGGGGCGCCUCGCCAACGUGUCGGACACGUGGGCCAAUGACAUCGUCGAUCGCAACAUACUCCCCGACCUCUGCAAGGCGCUCGCCGGCAACAACCGUCAUCACAAGCGCGCCGCUGCAUUCGCCGUCAAGGCCGUGGCUCGCCACGCUGGCGCUGAGCUGGCAGCAGUCGGCAGCAGCGGCCCGGGCAGCGUGUUGCCGGUUCUCGCGGAGUGCCUCACAGACGCGAUGCCGGCCGUGCGCGAAACGGCCGCGUGCGCAUUGGGCCACGUGGCAAAGCAGAGCCGCGAAGCCGCGACGCGCGUGAUAGAGACCGGCGCGGUGCCGACUUUGAUAGGCUCGCUACACGACGAGGAAGUAGCGCGAAUGGCGCUGUCGGUUUUAGGGGACAUCGCGCGGCACUCCGCGGAACUCGCGACUAUUGUGGCGGACGGGGGAAGAGGGGAGGAGGCGGACGGGGGUGCGGGCGCAGCGGAAGGCGGAGCGAUUGGGAGAAUCGUGGCGCUGUUGGGAUCGAAAGACGUGAAGAUGCGCCGCCAGGUGUGCGUGUGUCUGUCGCAAAUCGUGAAGCACUCCGAAGCACUCGCCAUCCGCGUGGCGUGCGCGGAGGGCAUAUCGCGCCUCUUCCUCUGCUUGCACGACUCCGACCAGGCGCUCCGCCGCAACGCCGCCUUCGCCAUGCGCGAGAUCGCGCGCAAGUCGCCCGCCGCCGCGGAUCGCCUCAUACACCUGGGCGCAAUCGGCCCCGUUAUAGAUGCCGUUCUUACAGAGGAGGGCGGCGCGGUGGCGUCUGAGGGGGUCGCGCCGCUUAAGGAGCUGCUGAUUCAGGCUGACGUGGAGGAGAGCGUGCGCGGCGCGUGCGCGUGGGCGCUGAGUCAGAUCGGGCGGCAUAGCUCGGCGCAUGUGAAGGCCGUGGCGGAUUCUGGAGCGUUGAUUGACAUGGUUACUGUGGCGACCGUUGAUCUUGCUCAUGCUGCUCCUCCCUCUGCUUCUGGUACUAGCGGUGCUGCUGCUGGCGGUGCUGCUUCGCUGGCAGCAGUAGAGGCGCGCACGAGAAUAGUGAGGGCUUUAAAAGACCUAGUUAGUGGGGUGGGCGAGCUCGAGUCGCUAGACUCGCUGCUGCAGUGGACUACUCUUCCCGAAGGGGUGCUGGAAGCGGUGCUUCUGCGAAUCUUCCACGUCCUCAACAGCAGCAGCAACGCCUGCCGGUCCACGUUCGUCCAAUCGCGAGGCUUCGCGAAGCUGCAGCGACUGCACGAGGAGGCAGAGGCGAGAAGAGCGGCAGCGGCGGAGGGUGGAGAGGGAGGAGCGGCUUGUGUGCAUAACGGGGUGGACUAUAACGCGGUUUAUGACCACAUAGCCAUGAUCAACACGUUCUUCCCGUUUGAGGUCUCUGUAACGUACCCGCCGGAGUACCAGCAGCGGCUACUGGAGAAGCUUACAGCGAGUAUGAACGCUGAUUCGUCCGGGUCUGGAUCCCCGGGCAAGAAGGGCAAGGGGAAGCUUCCGAGGCUCAAGAUAGGCAAGGGGGGGCACCUGGUGGGGAAGGGCGGGUGGGAGGAGGCGGAGUUGUCCCCGGGGGAGAGCGAGGAGGAGGUGGGGAAGCGCCUGGGCAUGGCGGACCUGGUCGGGGGAAGGAAACCGCACGGGUUGGCGGCGGCAGCGGGGGAGGCGGGGGAGGCGGAGAGGAGUGGGGAAGGGGAGGGAGGGGAGGCGGUGGUGGUGGAAGAGAGGAGCGGGGAGAGUGGGGCUGUUUUGGCGGGUGAAGGGGGUGGGGUUGGAGGAGGAGAGAGUGCGGAUUCGGGGGAAAGGAGAGCAGAGACAUCAUUAGAAGCUGACUCCACUGAGGCAUCUGUACCACCCGCUGCGCCAGCAACAGCAUCAGAGACACCAGCACCAGCAGCAGCAGCAGCAGCGCCGCCAGCACCUCCUGAUCCGCCAGCUGCCCCCCCGCCUCCUCCUCCUGCUGCUCCCCCGCCUGCCCCACCUGCUCCCCCUCCGUCUGCACCUCCGCCCCCGCCUCCCCCUCCACCUCCUGCGCCAGACGCUUCAACGCCUGCGCCUCCUCCCCCGCCGCCCCCUCCUGCUCCCGCUGCUCCUGAUCCUCCUCCUCCUCCUCCUGCUCCCCCUGUCCCUCCUGCCCCUCCACCCCCUGCUCAAUCCGCCCCUCCCCCACCGCCCCCGCCCCCACCUCCCCCUCCACCACCACCGCCACCUGCCUUUGACCCUCCCCCUCCCCCUCCCCCUCCCCCUCCGCCCGCCCCUGAGCCUGCAGCACGGGCAGCAGCAGGCUGGCUACGAGACAACUGGGAUGUGCAUGUCCCACCCACAGCAGCCCAUACUGCAGCAGCAGACACACUGUGA